AUCUUAUUAAAUGGAAAUAAAUGCAACAGACAAUGAAUAUCAAAUUUAAUAAGAUCUCAGUUGUGCUUGGUUUAACGUAAAGAAUGAAACUAUCAGCCAAAUUUCUUAUAAUCGCUUCAAUAUCUUUCAUAAUUUCUUACCAUAAAGGAAAAUCAGCAAACAUUUUAAGUGUUUUUCCAAUACCUAGUAAAAGUCAUGAUAUUCUUGGUAGCAUUCUUUCUAAACAUCUUUCAAAACUUGGGCAUAACGUUACUUAUAUUUCCGCAUUUAAACACGAAGAAAAUUCAAAUUUUCAUUUGAUUCAAAUUGAAAAUUGGGAUGAAUUUAAAGCUAACAUGAAAAACUACAUCCAAGGAACCGCUACAAAACUGGAUGUAAUAAGACAAGUUUUUAAAUUAGCUGAAUUGGGUGAAAUUAUCUUUGGGGAUAAAAAAGUACAAAAUCUAAUUCAUUCCGAUACAAAAUUUGAUCUUGUGAUUCAUUUAAUUGGUCUUGAUGGAUCGAUAGCUUUAGCACAUCAUUUUAAAGCACCUCUAAUUAUUUUUACACCAUUGAGUGCUUUAUAUCCUCAUAAUAAAUUGUUAGGAAAUCCAUCUCCACCUUCGUACAUUCCAACAAUUGUAACACCUUACAAUCAAGAUAUGAGUUUUACCGAAAGAGUUUACAAUGUAAUAAUUCCGUUUAUUUUCUUUAAUUACUUAGAAAUUGUUUGUAAUUAUUACGGAGACGAAGCGAUAAAAACUUAUUUAAAAAGCGAUGCAAAAACUGAUGAAAUUCGAAAAAAUGCUGACUUAAUCUUAGUUAAUUCCGAUGUAAGUACUGAAUUUCCACGACCUUACGUGCCGAAUAUGAUUCAAAUCGGUGGAUUUCAUUUACAAAAACCAGAAAAAUUAAACGCGGAAUUAAAACAAGUUUUGGAUGAUGCUAAAAAUGGAUUUAUUUAUGUGAGUUUUGGUACAAAUGUAAUUCUUAAAGAUUUACCUAAAAAGUUUUUGGACACCUUAAAAAGGAGUUUAAAAAGAUUACCGUUUAAAAUCGUAAUGAAAUACGAGGAUGAUUUUAUGAUGGAUACGCCGGAAAAUUUUUAUUUACAAAAAUGGUUUCCACAACCUUCAGUUUUAGCUCACCCAAAUAUUAAAUUGUUUGUAACUCAUGGCGGAUAUGGAGGGGUUACUGAAUCACUCUAUUACGGAAUUCCUUUAAUUUGUAUUCCAUUUUUUGCCGAUCAAUGGAAAAAUUGUAUCGAUGCGAAAUAUAGCGGUUAUGGAAUUAUGUUUGAUUGGGACAAAAUCGACGAAAGAAAUCUUUCAGAUGGUUUAAAUCAAAUUUUAUUAAACGAUUCGUUUAAAAACAUGGUAAUGUUUAAAUCCGAUUUAUACAAAAAUCAACCCAUAAAUCCAAUGGAUAAAGCUGUUUAUUGGAUUGAACAUGUCAUCAAACAUAAAGGGGCAAAGCAUUUAAAAGUUAAAGGAACCGAUUUAAAUUGGUUUCAAUAUUAUCUUAUUGACGUAUUUUUAUUUCUUUUCUUCAUUACGUUUCUUUUUCUAUAUUGCUUAUUUAGCGUUUGUAAAUAUUUUUAUAAAAGCAUAAGUUUCAAUAAAGUAAAGACGAAUUAAAUAAAAA